UCGGGUGACGUCAGACGUCGGGCGCUACCGGCUCUUCAGGACAGGCAGAGAGAGGGGCGCCAGCGCACCGGCCCUCGGCUCUCCGGGACAGACAGACAUGUCGGAUUCCGAUUCGGAGAAUUACUCGUCGGAGGAGGACGCGGAUUACGAGCCUUCGGAUGAAGACUGCAGUGAAGAUGAUGUCAGUGAGCUGGUAAAAGAAAAUCUUGAGGGCGAAGAUGACCAACCUCAGAAAAAAAAGCUAGGAAAGAAAACAGGAAAACGAGUCUCCUCCAGAAACCGAGAUGCCCAAUAUUUAGAAUGUGAAGAUGAAGGCAAAAGAGAGGUUGACCAAGCUGUUGAUCCAGAAAAAUGUGCAAAGGAGGAAAAGGAGAAGGCCGAUGACCUGUGGGCCAGCUUCCUGAGCGAUGUUGGGCAAAAUCCUAAAGCACAAGCAAUUAUUCCAACCUCCAACAAAGAGGAUACAUUAGUUAAAGAGAAGUCUAACAAGCAUCGGGAUUUAGUGAAGGACACAGAGAAACAAAAAUCACCUGGAAAGAUCACAAUCACAAAGGUGUUUGAUUUUGCCGGAGAAGAGGUCAAGGUAACUAAAGAAGUGGAUGCUUCUUCCAAAGAAGCGAAAAUGUUUUUGCAAAAACAGAAUGACACAGAAGAGGAAUGUUCUUCUGCAACACCAGAGACCGUGGCAACUGGAGCCCCGACAGGUUCAGGAAUUAAAAGACAAAGUGGAUUAAGCAACGUCCUGGGGAAGAUUGUAGGAAAGAAGCAAAAGAUGAGCACCUUGGAGAAAUCAAAAAUUGACUGGGAAGCAUUCAAAGAAAAGGAGGGGAUUGGCGAUGAGCUUGCAAUCUACAACCGUGGGAAGGAAGGAUACAUUGAAAGGAAAGCUUUCUUGGACAGAGUUGAUCACCGACAGUUUGAGCUGGAACGUGAUAUCCGACUCAGCAACAUGAAGCCGUGAUUUUUAUCUUGCAGCCAGAAGUCAUUUGCUUAAUGUAAAUCUGCAUCCAAAAUACUAAUUGUCCGUUUUCAGUGCAGCCGCCAGCCGAUGGUUUGUGGCUGACCCACAAGAACUAUCAACAGUGCCCGGCCUUUCCUGUCUUGUGAAUCCCUUGUAUUUGUUUUCACUGUCAGCCUUUUAUUAAAGAUAUUUUUGUUUAAAUAAUGAUUGAUAGGUAAGCAUCAGAAGGUCUUUUAUUUAAUGACUGUGUCCGGUUCAACAAGGUGACAAAAAUCAUUGCAUGUUUUAUAACCUGCCACUUGGCUAGACUUACAUUGGCAUUAUUCGGUGGCAGAAACCCUUUUUUUCGAGCAGGCCAAAAAUAAUGAGUUGUACUUUAGCUCCAUGGAUGUUUUUGAUAUCAGCAGUCUUAAUCAUAAAUGUUUCAAAUGAAAAUGAAAAUUGGUGAGUCAUGAGUCAUUAUCCUCCCUGUAAAUUUUGCCCUUAUUCUAAAUUGAGUAUUGACACUUUUUAUUUAACUCUACACACAUCGAUACAUAAGUGAUAGGAGUAGAAUUAGCCCAUUCGGGCCCUUUACCCUGCCAUUCAACCAUGGCUGAUCGAUCUUUCCCUCUUAGCCCCAUUCUCCUGCCUUCUCCCCAUAACCCCUGACACCCGUGCUAAUCAACAUUUUUUUUUCACAGAUAUGAUCAAUAAUUGUAGAAAAUACCAUUUGAAAUUUUGGAUGAGAAAUUGAAAGUAAGAGUGUAAAACUGUUUCUUGGACUGACGCUGCUUUUUUUUAAGAUCUCUGAUUAAACUGGUAAUGCACAGUUA